UCAAAACCACAUGCACAUGCAUUUGCUUUUGAACUGUUGACCUGUUGACUGAAAUCAUUGUGAAUUCGUUAUCGUAAUAACUGUAAAAAAAAUACGUAUCAUUAUCCACCAAACGUAUUAAUCUGAUUCCAACCAUGGAUCUUCUUUCGUUGCCAAACGAAAUUUUGCUAAAUCAUGUAUUUUCAAGAAGUUUUCUUACAAUCACAGACUUGAAUAAUCUGAUGAGGUCUUGCCAUGGACUUAACAGCUUGAUCCGACACUCUAACGACCUGUGGAGGAAGAAGUUCAUUAACAGGUGGGGCAAGAAUUGCUACAAACAAGAGGAGAAAAAUGAAGUUAUAUGGAUGAAGAUGGUUGCUCUUCGACUUAAUCUGGCUCAAGAGGUUAAAGAGACUGUAGGAAUGAUGUCAUCAGUAUGCUAUCCAUUAGGAGAAACGGCAUUACCAAUGGGUCCAGUAAACAAAUGGAUAAUUUCGGCCCAUCCCAUUCCAAAUUUUGUUGAAGCUGAACUUUGUCAGCUAUUGUCCAAGUCUGGAAUGAAUGAUAAUUUGGCAUUGAAUUACUAUGCCAAAGCCUUGUCAGAGAGUUUUUGGAUGAAGAAGCUUGACCAACAAUGGAAAGAUUAUUUGUCUCAACCAGAAUGUCAAAAUUCACUUUUAGGGGGAGCUGUGUUAUUCUCUCAAUGCAUUCAAGGAAAUUACCUGUGUUCCAGUAAUGUUGAACCAUUAAUGAAGAUCACAACUGAAAGAGUGAAGCAACUUGUCGCUGAAAUGGGGAAUAGUGCACUUGCACUAAAAACAUAUCCUGCUAGCUCCAUGAGGAAUGCCAAGAAGAUAUUAUUAACUAUAAAUAAAGUCAUGUUUGAGGAAAUGGGUUUUAGCUGUUCAAAAGAAAAUGAAGAUUGGUUCUUCAUCAAUUAUCAAAUUGAAAAGGUACUUGAAAACAGGACAGGGUCCGCAAUUUUAAUAAGUAUCGUAUACCAAGAAGUGGCAAGGAUGAUGGGCCUGCGAUGUGAGCCGAUCGACUGUGGUGGUCAAAUACUUCUUAGAUUUCGAGAAUGUUGCGAAAGGAAUGUGGAUUCGAACUACUAUUUGAUUGACGUCCGUGAAGGCGGUUCUUUAAUUCCCAGCACUCCUGCCAUUAUGGGUCAACCAGUUGUUUCUGCCGAAUGCAUUUUUCAACGGAUUUUGAAAGCACCGAUUACUACUUAUCAGGAAUUCUUCGAUGAUUUUGAUUUUCUCGAAAAGAAUUCGCUUAAGUUCUUCCGAUUGGCCAGCGUCAUUUCACCCCGAGUUACUCGAUUUGUUCUGGACUACGGGAAGCUCUCCGCCUCUUUUGGCAUCCAUUUGGAUGAUGCUAUUCAGUUACUUCAGUCUGCAGGCCUUCACGGUGAUCCAGUGAUGGCCGAUUGCAUAACAAAGCAACGCGAACAAUAUGCUGAAAUUUCGCUUGCUAAAAUUGUUUGUCCUCGGUUACCAUCGAUCAAGUACGCAGUUGGCCUUGUAUGUAUGUACAGCUACAUAGCAUGCGGAUUUAAGAAAAGUCAACCUUGUGUCAUUGUUUCCUGGGAUGCCAAGUUUCAGAAAUCAGAAGAGUGGUUGACUUGGCCGUCCACUAAAAACCUUGAUCAGCCGUAUUAUCGCAUACUAGGUCCAAAAAUUGAAUACGGCAAGUUGUAUGUAGCUCAAGAGACUUUGGAGCUUCAUCCUGUCGGUGUUGCAAUCCAACAUGAAGAACUAUGCAUUCACUUUGAACGAUUUGACGGCCGCAGAUAUUUACCAAACACAGAGAAGAAGGCGCAAUACCCAGAGGACGAGGAUGUCGCGAUCUCAUUGAUUAAGAGUUUAGACGACCAAAAUUAAUUGUACGUAUAAGUGAUUGGGAAAUGUCAGUAUUUUAUCACGUCUAAGGAAGCCUUUGAUUAUCCCGCCAGUUUUUAUUUUAGAUCAGAUUGUCAUUGUGCGCUUUUAUCUCUGUUUUACACUUUUAAGGUUGAACUGGUCAGUAACUAUUAUUAGGGUGAGUGCGUUUCAGUAAAAUUCCAAAUGAAUCUAGUCUAGAAAUUUACAACUAAAUAUUAGUAACUUAGUAAAACCUACUUUGUAAAAAAUAAUGUAUUCUUCUGGUAUUUGUUUCUCUUUAUCCUAACUACAUGAGUUGGUGGAAAAAUAAAAUUGUUUAAUUAA